AUGUCUGAAGAUAGAAAAGCAAGAUUGGCUGAAUUGAGAAAGAACAGAGCCAACAAUCGAGGAUCACUGAUAAAAACAUCUCCACAAUCUGAAGAAGAACCUCAAGAUCUUUCACUAACAAAGACACUGUCUGUGGCUGCUCAUGAAAAUUUACAAGAAGCUACUGAAGAUAAAGAAGAAGCAGCAUCUUUGUUGCCACCAACCUUGCAACUAACAAAUGGAGAGACUGUAGAAGUUGUUUCACAAAGAAUCUAUAAUGAAAUACUAAAUAGAGUCCACAACGAAACAAUAUCAGAGUUUUUUGAACAGGACAAAUCAACGAAACCUAAAGUAUCCUAUACCAAGGAUAUGAAAGAGGACUUGCGAAGCUAUUAUCACAAGGCUGAAAUAAGGACAAAUAGAGCUAUUAAUAAAAUAAUACUGGACAAACUAAUGCACGAGUAA